AAUGUGUGUGUUACUUCUGGGAAAUCUUCUCAACAGGAAUGCAACACCUCUCCUUUCUACUCCCUGCUGAAAGGAAUAUAUGUUAAAUGGCUGGAGCUCCUGAAGCCAUCUUGGACCAUUAAUUGAACUUGGGAAUGGACACCUCACAUGGCAGAAUAAUAGCAUAAGAGGAGCCUGGGUUCUUGAUAUCUAUUGCAGUCCUGGACUACCAGUCUCCUAGACUUCUUGUAGCCUCCAUUGUUUAAGUCUUCUGUAAUUGCAACCAAACCUAUGUGUAUCCAUACAGAGAUUAAAGAGAUCGUUUUAAUACAAUAUUCUUACCUUAAAAACUAAACUCCUUAACCAAAUAUUUUCUCUUUUGGUAGUGACCAAGAAGACGAAAUGGCAAAAGCACUCCUUACCUUUGGUCCUUUGGUAGGGAUAGUAGAUGCAGUGAGCUGGCAAGAUUACCUGGGAGGGAUAAUACAGCAUCACUGCUCUAGUGGAGAAGCAAAUCAUGCUAUUAUCAUAACUGGGUUUGAUAAAACAGGAACUACUCCAUAUUGGAUUGUACGGAACUCAUGGGGAAGUUCCUGGGGAGUGGAUGGCUAUGCCCAUGUGAAAAUGGGAAGUAAUAUUUGCGGUGAGUCAUGAAUUUGUGUUUAAAGCUCCAGCCUAAGUGUCAAGGAAGAUAUUCUGAAUAUAUUAAAAUUAUAAACCUGUCCAAUCCAUAGUAUGUUUCCAACAUACUCACAUCACUUAAUAAUUGAUAAAAAUAGAAUAGUUUUUUAAAGAAGAGACACUAUUGCACAUAUUCAUGCUUUAAAAAGGAAGAAAGACUGUAGUAAAAACAAAUAUAAUAAGCAAAACAUAAUAAGAUAAACUAAUAAUUUACCAAAGUUAACUACUUCAAAAUCCAGAGGCUUUUGGAUUUAAAAAUACUCAACUUAGGAGGCUGAAGUUCUCCAAAAAGUCCCCUCGUUCCAAUUUUACUUGUUAUAACUGUAUGAGUUUUUCUUAAUUUGUGCAUUAAUAAUACUUGCACAAAGAUUGUCAAGCAU